CGAAAAGAAAGGCAUCACAGGAGGAGGAGGGAGGCUCAUCAUCAAUCAACGGUCCAGAUUCAUUAUCAUCCCUUCACGACUCUUAUAUUUUUUACCGGCAGACACAACAAAGCGGUUUUUAUAUUGUUCCGACUUGUGAGAGAUCCGAUGUGAUUGUGCAGAGACUGAACUCGAGCUUAGCUUCUUCAACGAGUAUAUCGUGUACCACUUUCAAUAUCUUGGCUCCCAUUUAUAAACGCGUUGACCAACUGAAUCAGAGCAAUCGAGAGAGCCAUUCUCGCGACCUUUGGUAUACUCGGAACCAGGAUAUAUUAGAGUUGUUACUCCAUCAACGCUCUUCCGUGAUCUGUCUACAGGAAGUUUGGGUUGCAAAUGAAGAAUUGGCGAACAUGUACCAUGAUCGCCUUGCCACUGCAGGCUACGAUAUUUUCCAGUUGCCUAGAACAAACCGUCGUGGCGAUGGUCUUUUAACAGCCAUCCAUAAGGACUACUUUGAACUUGUAAAUUACCGGGAGCUGCUGUUUAACGAUUUUGGAGACCGUGUUGCUCAGCUCUUACAUGUCAAAUCAGUUGUUCCCUUCCCUUCUUUUAAUGGGAAACAAGAUGUUCAGCAAGAAGUUCUUAUAGUCAACACUCAUCUCUUGUUCCCACAUGAUUCUACUUUAUCUAUUGCAAGAUUGCGUCAGGUUUACAAAAUUCUCGAAUAUCUUGAAGCUUACCAAAAGGAAAAUAAACUUACCCACAUUCCCAUUAUACUCUGCGGUGACUGGAAUGGAAGCAAGCGUGGGCAUGUGUACAAAUUCUUGAGAUCUCAAGGGUUCAUAUCAUCAUAUGAUGUUGCUCAUCAGUAUACGGAUAGUGAUGCUCAUAAGUGGGUUAGCCAUAGAAACCACAGGGGUAACAUAUGCGGAGUCGAUUUCAUAUGGCUAUGUAACCCUACUAGGGGCAAUUCAAGAAAACCGUUGAGAACAAGUUGGGUGGAAGCUGUUUUCAGCAUUAUCAAGUAUCAACUCCAGAAAACUUCCAUAGCUGAAGACAAUAAGGCAUUUGCCAUUCUUGGGGGAAAUAAGCAUAGUGACUCACUAACUUACUCUGGCUUCUGCCAAGCACUUCAAAAGGUAAAUCUAAUGGGUAUACCACAUGGACUUAGCUUCCAAGAGACAAAAGAGCUAUGGGUUCGAGCUGAUCUUGCUCGAAAUGGUGUCUUCGACUAUGAAAAACUUAAGAAAACUUGGAACAUGAGGACGGUGGAUCAGUCUAAAAAGUGCAAAGAGAGGGUGAUGGAGAGUAAGAAGGAAGAAGAAGCAGUUGGAUUGAAAGUGAAGAAAGCGGUUUUGUUUCCGCAAGAAACAGAGAAAGGAUUGUGGCCGGAAGAUUACAGUCUCUCCGACCACGCUUGUCUGACAGUACAAUUCUCACUGGUCAAAAUAAUCUCUAGUAAAACUUUUGUAUAGUUGUUGAGAUAAAGCAUUUUGAACUUUGGUAAUAGCAUGACUCUGUUUCAGACGACUAUGCUUUUGAUUGAAUCGACAUUGAGUUAAAUAAUAAUAAAAA